GAUAGGGGGAAUUCCAAAGAAGAGCAGCCCCGGAUUGAGGAUGAAGAGGCUGGACUCCGAAGCAGCAAUGGGGAAGUCGAUGUAGACAAAAUCAUACAAUUGAUCAAAAGUAAGUUGCUGGAAUCGGAUAAUUUAAUCAGCGAAUCGGCCGGCGGAAUUCAAAGCUCAUCCAGUUGCUGCAUUUUCCGGGUACCUCAGGAGUACCUGCCGGAUUCCGAAGUUAAAACCCGACCGCAUGAACCUCGCACGGUGUCAAUCGGUCCAUACCACCAUGGGAAGCCGCAUUUGAAGGAGAUGGAGAAGCGCAAGGUGAGGUUCCUGAACAGAUUGAGAAACAGGACGGUGGAGAAAAACGGCAUGGAUAUAGAGCAGUACGUAAAAGCUGUCAAAGAAUUGGAACCAGUAGCCCGAGCAUCAUAUUCAGAGGAUACAACCACUUUCAAAGAGGAUGAUUUCGUAGCGAUGUUGGUUCUUGACGGGUGCUUUGUGGUUGAAAUGUUUCUGGCAUACAGUGAUGAAGUUCCCUUGGAGGCAGACGAUCCAUUUCGGUCAAUGACACGGCUACAAUUUGGCCUCCACCACGACUUUCUCUGCCUGGAGAACCAAAUACCAUAUUUGGUGCUCCAGAAAUUGUUCCAGCUCACUCAAAUGGGAAGCGAUAGUUCGCCCGGCGAGAGCCACCGUUUGCUGCCCCUCACUGCCCUCCGCUUCUUCAACAGAUCGCGUGAUUUGGGAGGACCAGCGAACACGAUCUGCAAGGAAUGGGUACCCGCACAUCUACUUGAUUUGGUGAGGAAAAGUUAUUUCCCGCCCCCGGUUGAAAGCAAGCAUCAUAGCGCCAUGGAAGAGUCCCAGUGGCAGUCAGUAAUGGCGUUACAAGCCGAAACCAAGCAGAAUGGCGCGGCAGAAGAGUCCCGGUUGAAAUGUUUACCGAGGACUGACUGUAUUAAAUAGUGAUGCAUUUAUCUAGAAUAUUCUAUGUAGAAAAGGUUAGAGAUGUUCUAGAGAAAUAUAGCUACAAGUAUUCUAGAGAAUUCUCCACUAGAGAAUUCUUAUGUAAAAUCUAGAUUAAUUAGACAUAGUUGUAGAAUACUCUAGAAUCAUAGCAUUUAAUAAGGAUCUAGAAUGAUCCUCUAGCACCUAUAAAUAGGACUCAUUGUACUCAUUUGCUCACUAAGCAAACCAAGAAACAUCAAUACAAUAUAUCUUUUCUAGAGACAAGAGCUCUACUCUAAAACACCUCCUCUACACUGCACCUCACUAAAAUCACUUAACAUAUUCAUAUACCAACAAUCUCUUCUA